AUGCCUAAAGAGUUUCGCAAGCGCGGGAAGAAGAAAAAGUCGACGCAUGCCGAGGAGCAGCAGGUCGUAGCCGAGCCUGAGCAGUCGUGGGAUGGGCAGGACGAGGGUGCCGGCCCGUCGUGGAUCGUUCAGGGUGGCGAGGGAGCGGGUCCUGCCGAUGUGGACCCUGCGGCGCCGUUUGGAUAUGUCGAUCCGGAUGUCAAGGCGUAUUUCCGCACGGUAGACACCCAGCUACGCGAAUGGCAGGAAACCCAACAUGAAGGGGAGGCGGAGGAAGACGUUGACCCCAACGAAAACAGGCGCAUGUUCCUACUUGCGGCUCUGCAGGAGAUGGGCGGCAAGGAACGCGAGCUGGCGACGGAUCCAGACUGUUCGACGGUACUCGAGCGCAUGGCGUACUCUAUGGAUGACUUUGUUCGCCGCGUCUUCAUGGACAGUCUCUCCGGCUCCUACGAACAGCUUUCGAGGCACCGCUUUGCCUCCCAUGUCAUCCAGACGCUACUCGAAGUCUUGACGGACACUAUCAGCCGUGAGAGUCGUGGCAUAUUCCCCAAAGUCGAAAACCAGGAUGACAAGGGCGAACUGCGCUCGGGCACUCGACUUGUUAUUGAUAUCGCAGACGAACUUCUACCCUCCGUUACCGCGCUCGUACUCGACCCGUUCGGAUCACAUGUUCUGCGCGCACUCUUCAUGAUACUCUGCCCGUCUCUUUUUGCUUCCGAGAACUCGGCUUUACGCUCGAAGAAGAGUGCCGCCUGGAAAGCGAAGCAAGGCCAGUUCAAGUCCGUAUUCGUCUCCGAAGCGGACAAGGCGGACAAGGGCAAAGCUCGUCAAGUCACCGAACCUGCUGGGUUUAGCGCUAUGGCUCGUAGACUCAUUGAACGGAUGCGCGACGACAUGGACGCCAACGAGGUGCGCUCGCUUGCGGCGAACAAGUCCAGUAGCCCAGUGCUCCAAAUGGCAAUCCAAGUUGAAGCCGACCUUGGUAUGGCGGAUGAACCCGAGUCUCUCAUGGAUCGCGUUAUGGUCGGUCUCAUCACGCAGCAGCACAAGGACCCAUCAGCGACGUUUGAAGCAUCCGACUACCUGGGCACCCUCCUCCGCGACGCAACCGCCUCCCAUCUUCUCGAGUGCUUGAUCGCAUGUGCUCCACCGCACACUUUCCCGCUCUUGUGGCGCACAUACUUCGCGGGCAGUCUCGCUCGCCUUGCCGUACAUCCUGUCGCAAACUUCGUCGUCGCGAAGGCGCUGGAACGCGUCGAUGCCUCACAGCUACAGAGUGCGAUCGAUGACAUGGCCGAGAGCUGGAAGAAGAUUCGUUCACAGCGACCAGGCGUAUUACGCGCAGUCAUCGAACGAGCCGUCGUUCUCAAAGAGGCUGAAGAAGCCGUCUGCGAGGUCAUGUAUAGUGCAUUCGAACUCAAAAGUGAAGAGGAUCGCGCACUCCUCGUUCCGUGCGUGUUGCGACUACAGACGCCAAAAGAGUACCACGCUGCCAUCUCAGCUUCGUCUCAACAGUCGGCGAACGAUGCCGAUCCGCUUCACAAGCGCCGUCAUGGAAAUCCUGACGCGGAUCCGCUUGAACCCAAAGUCGCCGGCGCACUUCUGCUACAGUCCCUACUACGACUCUCAUCACCCCACAACGUUCUCGUCACCUCCUCCCUCGACGCGCUUUCUCUCGUGGAUCUCACCACUCUUGCUCAACAUCCGGUCUCUUCGCGUAUACUGGAUGCGCUUCUGACUUCGCCCACGAUUCCUCCGCGUACGAAACGGUUGCUCAUACAGCGCUUCACCGGGCAUUACCAUGUCCUCGUCGACGAUCGCGUCGGCAGCCGCGUGGGUGAUCGCUUAUGGACCUCUGCGGAUCCUUACCUCCGCGAGAAGAUUGCGCGCUCGUUGAUACCGCAUGAGGGGGCCCUCGCUGGGAGCUUCUAUGGCAAGUUCUUCGCGCGCAAUCUCAAUUUGUACCUGUUACGACGGAAGCCGGACGAGUGGAAGGAGGCGCAGGUGAAAGCGGCCGCAAAGGCCACAGCGGAUACUACACCCUCUGCGUCUAACAAAACCGCGACGGUGGAGUCGGCGGAGAAGACAGGAGAUACGGAGAGAGUAGCAGCAGGGAAGAAGAAGAAACGAAAGCGGGAGCAGGGCGAGGGCGACGAGAUUGACGCCCUGUUUGAUGGCGCGCUUGGACGGAAGGUGAAGCGCGCGGCGCUUGACUCCGGUGCCACAAACUCGCAACCUGGGAAAGAGGCUCGCGCAGAGCACGCUGGAAAGGGGGCCGGCGGGAAGAAAGAUAAGAAGCGGAAGAAGGAUAGGUUACUGGAUGGGGACCUGGCGGGAGUGCUCGGCGCCAUUCGCAGUGCGCCAAAAGGCGAGGAGAGGACGCACAAGAGGAAGACAAAGGCAUAA